UCCUGGGGUUCGCAGCGGAUCGCUGUCUCUCUUCCUAACCCACCCCUCCCUCUAUCCUCUCUCUCCCCCAACCCUUCUCCCUUCUCUCUCUCUCUGUCGUUCCAGGUUCUCCGCUGCUCUCUCUCUCCUUCCCACCCUCUCUCCUCUCACCUCCCCCUUCCCCAGCCUCUCUCUCCCGGCACGCGCAGCUUUCCCGGACCCCGCGCAAGCGCGCGCCUCAGCCCUGCUGCGAAAGGGCGGGGGUAGAGAGCCUCAGCCGCCGGGAAAUACCCUGAAUAACCCGAGGCUGGCAGGGACUGUGGCCACAGGGGUGGGGGAAGGAAGAUAAUGCCAGGGGAGCGUCCCGAAAAAUCCAAGAAAAGCGGGGGUUGGCUAUCUGGAGAUGGAGGGAAGAGUCUCCUGGGGCCCCUACUCUGGGGAGGAUGAGGAGGCAUACUCCGCGGAACCGUUGCCAGAGCUCUGCUACAAGGCGGAUGUCCAGGCCUUCAGUAGGGCCUUCCAACCCAGUGUCUCCCUGGUGGUAGCUGCACUGGGUCUGGCUGGCAAUGGCCUGGUCUUGGCCACGCACCUGGCCGCCCGUCGGGCUGUCCGAUCGCCCACCUCCGCCCACCUGCUCCAGCUGGCCCUGGCCGACCUUUUGCUGGCCCUAACCCUGCCCUUCGCUGCAGCAGGGGCUCUGCAGGGCUGGAGUCUGGGAAGUGCCACCUGCCGUGCCAUCUCCGGCCUCUACUCAGCCUCCUUCCACGCCGGCUUCCUCUUCCUGGCCUGUAUCAGCGCCGACCGCUACGUGGCCAUCACGCGGGCUCUCCCCGCAGGACCGAGGCCCUCUGCUCCGGGCCGCGCGCACAUGGUCUCAGCCAUCGUGUGGCUGCUGUCGCUGCUCCUGGCGUUGCCUGCUCUCCUUUUCAGCCAGGACGGGCAGCGGGAAGGCCAGCGGCGCUGCCGGCUCGUCUUCCCCGAGGGUCUCACGCAGACGGUGAAGGGGGCAAGCGCGGUGGCGCAGGUGGUCCUGGGCUUCGCGCUGCCGCUGGGCGUCAUGGCCGCCUGCUACGCUCUCCUGGGCCGCACGCUGCUGGCCGCCAGGGGGCCGGAGCGCCGGCGUGCGCUGCGCGUCGUUGUGGCCCUGGUGGCGGCCUUCGUGGUGCUGCAGCUGCCCUACAGCCUCGCCCUGCUCCUCGAUACGGCUGACCUGCUGGCUGCCCGCGAGCGGAGCUGCCCUGCCAGCAAGCGCAAGGACCUGGCGCUGCUGGUUACCGGAGGGCUAGCCCUGGCCCGCUGCGGCCUCAACCCCGUGCUCUACGCCUUUUUGGGCCUGCGCUUCCGCCAGGACCUGCGGAGGCUGCUGCGGGGUGGGAGCUGCAGCCCAGGGCCUCACCCCCGCGGCCGCUGCCCCCGCCGGCCCCGCCUCUCUUCCUGUUCGGCUCCCACUGAGACCCACAGUGUCUCCUCCUGGGGCGACUAGGGCUGCGAAUCAAGGAGGGGAGCGCGGGAUUCCAGGGAGGGUAAUGGGAAAGGGCGGGGGGGGGGGGUACUGAGAAGGAGGUAGGGACCUAAAGGAAUUGCUUCUGUACUUUGCCACAUUAAAUUGAUAACAUGGAAAUGAGAUGCAACCCAACAACUGUUACUAUUUUUGAGUCACCGACUUGGAAGUGAUUUGCAGCAGGGCAGAACUGGUGCGUUCCCCCUCCCCUUUCAACUCGCUUGGCUCCGAGUGGAAGGCGCUGAGAGUCUGGGUGGGGGUGUGCAGAGCUGCUGAGCCUGCUGAAGCUCUAGGCACUGUCACUCCCUCCACCUUCACCUGGUCUCUUCGAACAAGAUGUGAGGUCGGAAAGCUGCCAAGGGGGGAGGGCUGGGGUUCCUCUUAAAGUAGCACAAGGAAGAGCUUUCUAACAACUACGGUGCUAUCCAGUAAUGGCUGCCUUAGCAAGUACGGAGUUCCUGGCCUCCGGAAUGUUCAGGCCAAAGCUGUUGGGGACUGUGCGUGCCUGUGCAUGGUGUGGUGACAGUGCCCAGGAGAUUCCAGUUUUGGGUAGGGUCUUGAAUUAGAUUAUCACUUUACAAUCUCUUCUAAAAUUCUGUGGCGGGGGAAAAAAAAAAGG